AUGGAUUCCACCUUGUUCAAUUCCACUGCCAAUGACAACGAGCAAGUAAUUUGUGUCAAUCCACCUCUUCCCGACUACCAUUCAGCAUGGCCUCUUCAACAAGAUGCAUCUACGAGUUUUCCAAACACCGAUCCCGAUAACAGCGCAGUAGUAGUGGAUGACCAUCGGACAUUGUUCAGCGACGAAGACGAUGACGAGAUCUUUAUGGUAUCUGCUCCACCGCCUUCUCCUCAAGAACCAUCCAUGUUGGAUGCUGUCUUUGCCGAGCAGCUGAAUCGAUCAUUACAAGUGGUUGCUAAUAGGCAAUCACCCGAACCAAAGAACGACAACCAUGAUAGCAACGAUAGCAACGGCACUCAGUCUUCAUUGUCUUGGAAUCACGCACAGACCCUUGAUAAACUUUUACGCAAAGCGCAAGGAGAACGACCGGGAUGUAUACGUAAACGACGCAAACAUAAGACGAAAUUCAAGACGCCACGAGCUUUAUGCAACAAAUCUGCUAGUGAACUGGCAGAUGCUAUAGCCAUGAUACGCAUCUCAUCCAACAAUGCCAGACGAUGGUCGACGAGUCAGCAGCAACAAAGCACACUUGAUACGGGCAAAUCAUGA